AUGAGCGCAACUCCCCAGAACCGGCUCAAAUUGACGCCGGGAAACUCCCCAUACCUCCAGCGCCCGCCUCGAUCCCCCCUCCGAGGUCGCCUGCCCCACGAGUCCCGCCUCUCUCUCAAGCGAGUUGUCGGCACAACCUGCGCCUCGCCCACCGGCUUCGAUACUGUAAACUCCUCCUUUGCCUACAUCGCAGGCGGCGCUGUAGUCGUCGUCGAUGUCGACGGUGAACAGUAUGCCCAGCGCUUCUACCGAGCCCGCCCAACUGCCUCAGCCGUCCAUGGUUGCACACCGCUGUCCCACGGCUCGCCUUCUUCUUCCACGCCAAAGGCAAACGACAGCAGGAACAGGGUCGCAAGGGAGCCUGCCGACUGGUCUGUCUCCCCGACGUCUUCGAACACAUGGACAAGUCGUGAGCGCAUCAAGGCCGCGACGUGCUUGGCGCUGAGCCGCGAUGGGAGGUACUUGGCUGUAGGAGAGACUGGAUAUGCGCCGCGGGUGCUCAUCUUCAACUUGGAGGACUCGUCUUCCGACGUGCCGCUAGUGUCAAUCAGUGAGCAUGGGUUUGGUGUCAAUGCCGUCGCAUGGUCUUCUGACACCCGCUGGCUGGCUUCUCUAGGCGCCUCAACCGACGGCUUCCUCUUCAUCUGGAGGAUCGAUCCUCGUGCAGGUGCAGCCAAGCUGUACCAGCAGAACAAGUGCACAUCUACCAUCAAGGGAAUGGUGUGGAUGGGUAACAACCUUGUCACACUUGGUGUAAGACACAUCAAGAUUUGGCGGGUAGAGGAGGCGGCCACUUCACCGUUGAAAACCAAAUUCAGCGAGGUCAGUUCGACGCCCCAACCGCCACAGAAAACCCUUAAUGGCCGUAACGUACUGCUUGGGUCGCUAUUGGAGGCCACUUUCACCUGCGCGGCGGUGGUCGACGAGACGAACAUUAUUAUCUGCUCCGAGGCUGGCGACAUCUGCAUGGUGGAAGACGACGGGAAGCAGUCGAAGCUUGUUCGGUCCUUCAAUGUGGAUUUUCCAGUUACAUCGAUUACCAUCAGGCAUGCAACCGCCUACGUAUCGGGAAAGGGAGGCGAAUUUGCGACGCUGAGCAUAAGAGCGGUUCUAGACAGUCUCCCGGACGCUGUACUUUCCAAAAGCACCGCACCGGCUGGCUUGACUGCGAUGGGUUUCCUGACGGAAAACCUUGUCACAAUUGACGAAAAACACUCCAUUGAUAUUUGGAGCUCGAGCUACCUUCCUGGACAGACCGAAGAGGAUCCAUCGCACAUCCCUAUUCCUGGCCACCAGGACCCGAUUCUGGGAAUUCAAGCCAUGCCAAAGCCCAACGAUCAGGGUGCGGACUUCUUUACUUGGUCCGCAUCUGGGACCGUUAUCUUCUGGGACAUGAAAGGCAAGGUCAAGUUCUCACUUGAAGUUCCCAUUGAACAGGUGAUCCCUGAGGUUGGGAUGGACCCGGUCGGAAACCAACUCAGCGUGGUUCGGGCCAGCAGGGCUGGGAAGAUGCUUGCAGCCGCCGACAGGUUUGGAGUGCUCAGGAUCAUAGACUUGGCAACUCAGGAAUGUCUUCUCGAGACCAAGGCCCAUUCCUCAGACUGCCAAAACAUCAGUAUCUACGAAGAUGACUCCAAGUUCCUGUUGGCGACUUGCGGUAGGGAUCGCACAGCCCAGUUAUUCCAUCGCCUCUCGACAGGAGAGUUCCAGCAUGUCCAGACGCUCGAGUUCGCGGCCAAGGUCGUGCAGACCUUGAUCCCCUCCGAAGACCGCAUUCUCACUUGUUCCAUGGACAGAACUCUACAAGUUCAUGACAUCGUCUGCAAAGAGGGAGAGCCUGAGGAGAUCGCUGCUCUCUCGGCGCGCACCGUCACUCUCAAAGCAUCGCCCACAUCAUUUGCCCUCAGCCAAGACGAAAAGACUGCAUUUGUCUCCAUGCUUGACCGGUCGAUAUGUCAUUACGAUCUUUCCAGCGGCAAGCUCCUAAAUUCCUUCAAAUGCCUCGACGAGGGGCAAUCGGAGACUGCAAUCAUGGAUUCUCUCAUCUAUAGCCAGUCCUCAGGCAAAGACGGCAAUUUCCUGCUGGGCAUAUCCAACACAGACAAGUCUGUGCGCGUCUAUGAUGCUCAGUCGGGUCAUUUUCUGGACAGAGAAUGGGGCCACACCGAGUCUAUCAGUGGUGUAGCUUUGACCGAGGAUGAUGGUGGCAAUCAGAGAGUGAUCAGCGUCGGACUUGACGGCACCGUCAUGGUCUGGGGGAUGGAGGAAGACGCCUCACCCGCAUCCGGUAGCCGAGAUCCGUCGCCAAUGAAGGAUGCAUCGACAUCUUCCAGGCCACCGUUGAGACGCGUGCUCUCUAAGGCGGAGCUGGCUGAAUUCCAGCGACCAUCUUCCGCCAACGGUGGACGUCGAUCACCGAGAAGUGUUCAACGCCGGACGUCACGUUAUGCGCUGAAUACGAGCGUCAGCACGCCAAAAGGCGUGGCAAACAGCCCGUCUAUCGCUGAGGAUACGCCUUCUCGUCGAUCAUCGGGAAGUGGUAGUCCACCAGUGAGCCCGAAGUCAAGGGCAUCCAGGCGUCCCUCGCUGCCGUCUCUGGGCCUGCCGCCAAAGAAGAGCUCGCCUAACCUGCGUGGAUUUGGCAGCCUUGGCAUGGCCACAGAACAAGCUUGUCGCACGCUGAGGGCGUAUAGAAAGAAGCUCUCUUCGACAGAGCCCCUGAGCCAAGACUCUCUGACUGAGCUCGACCAAGAGCUCCGCAUGACCGCCGCUGCUCUUGGCGACCGAGCUAUCAGAACCCACGACACCGCUCUUAUCAGCGGUCUAUUAGAUCAGUACGAGGAGCGUCUGGCUUCGAUGCUGGACGAGAAGCUCCGGCGGACUUUCCAAGACAAGGAGAUCCGAGACGUACAAACUCCCACCGAGGAGCGCGAGAUCGAAAUGGUGCUCGACCGACCCAGCACAGCUGGAGGCGAGACCAUUUCGACCGCAUCACUAUCUUAA